GCCAAUUGUGAGAAGAAUAUGACCACUUUCCUCAAGUGUAUCGACGCCGUGGCCGGUGCUACACAUCACACAGGCUUUGCUGCCAUUAAGUUGACCGCAUUAGGGCGUCCCGUAUUAUUGUCUCAGUUAUCGGAAGUGAUCGCCAGAACCCGGAACUACUUCACGAGCAUAACAGGCGUGGAGAAGAUGGUGAGGGGACACAUCACACCCGAGGAGUUCCAGAAGCAUUUGGACCAGAGAUUCAGAAUCAAGACCGACAACCAGGACAUACAGAAUUGGUUCAAACAAAUGGAUUACGACAGGAGGGGACUGAUGAACCUGUUCUCGUGGAACGGACUCAUAGAUCUGCAGCACUUAAUCAACGAUCUCUUCCAAGUGCCGAAUCUGACGACCGGUCGCUUCGAACCCAUAAUCAACGCCUUGACCCCC